UCUGUUUACUUCCUUCUGCUGCAGUAGGACGAGAUGCUAGCUGACUUCAUGUCUCUCCGCCAUAGCUGUCUUCAUUUUCUGCCGUUGUUAAUCCUCUUUCAGAACCAAACUAUCCAGUAAAAUAGUAGUUAGUUUGCUCGACACGCUCAGGCAAUACUCACUUAUAUAACUGUCAGUAUAAACUUUUUAAGCAGCACGUUUUUAGAUAACACGUCAACACAAACAUAACAGAGUGAGCAGAAAGUGGGAGGAUUUUGCAAAAGCAACAAAAGACUCUGUGGGGAACUCUAUGGAGGUUCUGGGGACCUCUGGGAGACCUUCUUCCACCGCGGUCUGAAGAUGUGCCAUGCCAGAAGCCUGCAGUACAGCAACAGAAGUACGAACAAAUGGAAUUUCCCUUGUGACUUCUGUGCUGAGACUGCAAUACUGUGAGGAGCACUGCUGUGUGAAGGAAACACAUGCACGUUGUGUCAUUGACUUUUCAAUGAUCGUGGAGAUGUGGCAUUGUGCAUCGAUUUGGAGAGCACCAGACUUCAAUCGGACAGCUUUAAAUAUUCCACUCAGCAGCUCUGCCCUCUGAAAGAUGGAUGGUGCUGUACCAAGUCAUUUUUCAGCCAUGUUUCCAAACUUGGAGGCUAGUGGAAGUGGCAAAGCCCAGGAAGUAAGCCCAGGAUCAGUGGGGCUUCGCUGCUUGGAUACGGAGCUCCAAAAGAUGCUCAUUGAUGAACGGAUGCGCUGUGAGAACCACAAAACCAACUACCAGACACUCAAAGCUGAGCACUCAAGACUGCAGGGUGAGUAUACACGGGCCCAGGGUGAGCUCAAAAGGAUGCUGAGUGAGAAGCAGGCUGGUCAGGAGAAGCUGCAGCUGUUACUGGCGGAGCUGAGAAGAGAGGUGUUGGAUAAGACCCGGGAGCUUGAGGAGCUCAGAUUACAGGUGAUGACCCCUCAGCGGUUGGAGUUAUUAAGAGCCCAGGUGCAGCAGGAGAUGGAAAUUCCUAUCAAGGAACACUUUAGUAAGCUAGAAGAGGAGGCUGAGAAAUACAGAUCUGAAUACAAUAAGUUGCGCUACGACUUCACCUUUCUCAAAUCAGAGUUUGAUCACCAGCGAGAGGAACACGAACACAUUUUGGAGGAGCAACGAAUACGUUACAGUGCAGAUCUGGCUCUUCUGGAGAGGGAUAAGGAGAAGCUGAGUGUGCAGCUGCAGAGUGGAGAUUGCACGAGUGACGGGAAGCGUGUGGAAGCGCUGUUGAGAGAAAAGGCACAGCUGCAUCAGCGGCUGUGCAACCUCGAGGCCGAGGUGGCUGAACUCCGUGCAGAGAGGGACAACACAGGAGCACAGGCAGAAAACACGCAACGCAUCCAGCUCCGCCAGCUGGCCGAGUCCCAGGCUGCACUCAAGACCCUGGAGUCGGAGAAGCAGUCUGUGUGCAUGCAGUUAGAUCGAGUGGAGAAGGAGCUGCGCUUGAGCCAUGAGCAGAACGCUGUCCUCACUGGCAAACUGCACAAGGCUGAGAGGGAAAUAAACGCCCUGAACAGUCAGGUUGAAGAAAUUAAACAUGCCCAUAGGUUGGAAUUGGCUAAUGUGAAGAUGGAGUUUCUGAAAGCCAGAGGAGAAGUGGAAAGGGAACGAGACAAACUGCAAACCCAAGUGGAGAGUCUACAGUCUGAUCUGGAAGUUUUGACCGCAACGGGCGAGAGGAAUAAAGAGUUGUUGUUGGAAAAAGACCAGGAAAUGGUGCUUAGAAUACAGGGAGCUAGAGAAGAAGAGAUGCAAAAAAUUGUUGUUCUUCAGGAAGAGAAGUUUGAACUGGAGAAUCGUCUCUCUGAGCUGGAGCAGCUGAGGGCUCUACAGGAAGAAACGGGAACCACCAAGAACCAGGAAUUUGAGGAUCGUCUCCGUGGUGCUUGGCGUGCGGAGAAGUCUGCACGCAAGGAGCUGCAGAAUAUCAAAGUUAAACUGCAGCAGCAGGCACAGCAGUUAGAGGAGCUGGAGAGACAAAAGACCGAGAACACAGAGUUGAGAAGACACAAUGCCGAGCUAAAUGUGCAAAUCAGCACUCUAUCGUAUUCGGAGCGUGAGCUGAUGGACGCCAAUGGAAGGCUGAGGGAGAGUCUGGAAAGAGUGAGAGAAGAGUUACGAAGUGCUCGGACACAAAUGGAGAGGACACAGCAGGAAGCCGAAAGCUGUCCUCUUACCUGUUACAGGCUGGAAGAGGAGAGGCGUGUGGAAUGGUUUGAGGAGAAACAUAAACUUCAGGAAAGAGAGGCAGAGCUGCAGGAGAAAUACAGCCAAGCCAAACAACGCAUGGAAAAAGCUUCAUUUGCACAAAAAAAGAGAAAGACCUUGAACAAGGCAAAGGAGAAGAAACUGCAGGAUAAAUUACAGCUGAUGGAGGCCAAGAUAGAAGAACUGGAAAUUGAGAGUUCUGUGGCCAAGAAAAAUCCCUCAUUUGUGGAGGAGCAUGCUCAACUUAGCAGACGUCUAGCAGAGCUGCAGAGGAGACACAAAGAGUUUCGCCAGCUGCUCUUGGGAAACCACAUGCCCUCUAGGUCUCUACCUCACUCUCUGCUCGUUGCAGGACCUGAAUGCAGCUUCAUAAACGUGCAGCAUCUGCAGCAGUUAUCAGGGUUGCAGAGGAGACUGGAGGAGCUGGAGAAUAAUCAGCAGCAACAGCUUCAAGAACUGACUCCUCCUCUGGAUCGGGACCGAGAACAAGACAGACGUUUAGCACCUCCAGACAGCCUGUCUAACCUCUGACCCUUCACCCUUUGCCCUUUUGGGACUAGAGUCGAUCAUAUUGUGCCAAGUUGCUGUUUUGUCAUUUUUUUAUAUUCCUGUGUGUUUUCAAAAAGUAAAUUGGUUUUUUUUUAGUGCA